AUGCAGUCUCGAGUCGUGCAGGUUCUUCUUCUCAUUCUGUCAUUCGUCCUGGCGCUGUUCCUGCUCAUAGCAUCGUCGAAAUAUGCGAGCUGGGCCAAGGGAAUGACGGUGGCCACGGGAAGUUGGCUUCCGUUGGUCUUCUAUGUCGGUACCAUCCCGCUAGUUUCUCUGGUCUACACCACCGUCCACCUUGCCGCCCUGCAGUUCAACGGCCUUCCUGUGCCACCGUACGCGGACCCCGAGAAUCAUGGCGGUGGUGGCGACGACGACGGCAAAUCCAGUCCUCCCCGCGACGCACCCUACGACACAGACGACGGCGUGAAGAGCACCAUGUUCAUCCUGGGCAUAUCAGUCCUGCAUCUGGUAGCAUGGCUUGCCCAGUCCAUCCUCUGCACGUCAUGCGAACUCGCGCCCGUCCUCGCCGGCACGGAAGGCCGCGUGCCGCGGUGGUGUCCGCAGUCUCGAUUCAAAGAUACCGGCCAGCCAGGCCUCGCGGGGAUGCUCGGCACCCUGGCCACCGUCAAGGAUUUUUUGCAGUGGGCCAUGGUCCUCCUGACCAUCUUGUUGCUCGAGUGCGCUCGCCGCGAGUACGUGCGAGCCGCGCGCGCGAAGCACGCUGUCGUCCACGCCGCCGGUGCUGGCGUCGACUUUGGCGGGCCGAGUCGAGGCUUCGGCGUGCCAGUGCCAGACUGGAAGACGCCUGGCGUGGCGGUAGAGUUGAGCACCAUCACCAUCAGCGGGCCGGAGUCGGGGCAGGGGCUGGGGCAGGGGACGGGGCCGAGGCCUUUCGGUCUAGAUCCGCAUGGUCGGCGUCCGCAAGAACCGCCUCAGCAGCCUGGGCCUGUUCGAGACGAUGAAUCGCGGCAGACUGGUCGGGGGAGGACUCAACCUGGACCUGAACCACACCAACAGCCUAAGCCCUCUCUCCGGCGAACACCGACUCAAACCCAACCCCAAAUCCAAGUCCCAGGUCAAGUCCCGGGUCAAGUCUCAGGUCAAGUCCCAGGUCGGAAACGACUACCUCCCCUCUUGCCUAUCGCGCCAGUGGCGACGGGCAGUCGGGACAACAACUACGGUAAUAAUGACGCGGAGAUGGGAAUAGGCACAGGCACAGGCACAGGCACAGGGCUGAAGAGAACCGGCACGCUGAAUUACAUGUACGAGUCAAGGGUAUGA